GUCAAGUAGCAGUACAUCGCAGUAAAUAUAAGAACUUCAAACAUUCAGACGCGCCCUCGUAUGGAAUAAUCGCGAUCUAAUAAUAAAAAAGCGUCUGGACGCUAGCACCUGACGCGUCUUAUUUACUUUGGACGCCGAUGAGUCUUAAUUUCGCACCACAGGAUAGCAUUAAUGAAACUCUGAUGCCAAUCAACGCGUCAAUUGUAAAACUGUAUUGAAAUUAUUCUGAGUGGUCCUGUUUAUCUUUUAUUAUAAUUAUUAUUUUAAUAAAACUUUGGUUCUUCGAAAUGGGUCAAAUAAACGAAUCCAAAGAAACAAUUAUCGAUGGGCACAUGAUUGAUUUUAUCAUGGACAGCAGUCAGAUACUGUAUGAUGAAUCUUUAAGAGAAGAAAGGCGCAGGACGGGCAGAUAUUUGGCGACGGGGAUAGCAAUUUUCAUAGUGGUGCUCGGUUUAUACCAUGCUGUGUCUCAGGGAUCAACAAAGUACGCAACCCUGCUGGGAACGGUGCUGAUAAUGUUCCUGUACCUUUUGUGGCUGCUGUACGCAUCGCAAAGAAAAAAGAAAUUGAUGAAGUUAAAUGAAGAGCAUCUGAAACGGCAAAUGGGGGAAGCUGCAGCAAUAAUCGAAAUAGAAAAAGAAAAACAAGUCCCGAAAAAGACAAAAUUACACAGAAAAUACAAUAGCAGUCAUGAAAUAGCAGUACAUAAAAAUUUCAUAAAAAACCAAUUAAAUCAACCAGGUCUAAACCGGACUUACUCUAUAGCUUAGUAAUAGCUUAAAAAUGAUUUUGUUACUUUUAUAAACAAAACAUUAUUAAUUAAAAAAUGUAAAAAUACACACA